GAAACACUGAUUAUAGGCUUCUGCUCCCUCACAAUCUUCCCCACCGUCUUCCUCCUAAACCCACCAAACUCGUUAGGGUUUCCCAAAUCUUACUUUCAGAGGCUUUGGAAUUUCCAUUGUUCCGGUGGUUAGGUUAGCGAACCUGCCUUCGCGUGUCCUUACAGCUGGCAUUGUUGCAGGAUUGGGAUCUUGAAUUCUUACACGAGGGAAAGAAGCUAUCAGACAAUACAAAUUCUGAUUCUGUCUGAUCAAAGAAAGCUCUCAAGCACAUUUUGUGUUCUCCCAUUUCUAGAGUCCUUAUAUCUGAAAUGUUCACACAGAAUUGGAGAAGUAUAAACUUUCAGUGGUCCACUCUACCUUUUUGUGGUACUAUAUCUAAUUAAAUUCGGCAAACAGUAAGUAGCACCAAAUGAUGGGUUCAUUUCCUGGUAGUUGUGAAAUUGUUGAAUCAUCGGAAGACCCAAGUUUGGCUCAACUUUCUAGAGGAAUUCAUCGACCAAAAUCUGGUGCAAAAGUGGAUGACAAAGUUAGAAAGCCUCCUAUACUGAAACUGGGACACGACAGUUCUCUAGAAGAUGAUCUUAAUCGGAUUUUUGAGGCAAUUAACCUAAAAAAUGCAUCUAAGGUUUGGGGUCUUCCCCACCAAGUUGGAACAGACUCCCCAUCGAAGAAUGUGUUAAAAAAGCCAAUUACAGUCAGUGGUUCUCAUUCACCACGAAUUGGGAUUUCUGAGCCUGCAACUCUGAAGCAGGCACUAAGGGGACUCUGCAUCUCUCAGGCAUCUGAAAUGGCUGCUGUGAAAAGGUUAUCAAAGUCGGGAAGUUAUGCAGGGUCGUCUGAAGCUGGAAGGAUUAAGAGUUUGUUUAGUACUGUCGUUGUUGAAGCCAGACAACCUGGUAUGUCUCUAGGCAAGGGUGGUAUUGCAGAAAUCUCUCUGUUUCCAGAAGAGAGCACAUCAAAUGCUUCUGAGAAGGUAACUCGGUACCUGCACGUUCCCAAGGUAAAGUCAUCAAGCCAAAGUGCUCAUUCUUCUCCCCGAUUUGCCGUGGGAGCAACACAAUUAGGAACAACAGCUAGAUCACCGCAAAGUGAGAUUGUUCCUGUUUCAACAGAAAUUAGUAAUCAAACAUCAAAGACAGAAUCAGUGCAGAAAGAAAAGCAUACGUCUGUAACUGCUCUAUCUGGUGCAAACACCGAUGAUAACAUGCUAGAGCUAGGUACCACUGGUCAUGCCUCAACCAAAUCAGCAAACAGAGCAUCAGCAUUAAAGCCAGGGCGGAAAGGCAGGUUGCAAAAUGUACCUUCUAGCUCGGUCAACAGUAGUAAGGCAAGCAAGUCAACAAAGAACACCCAACGUGUAGUCAAACCAAUUCUCAGAAACAAGAAUUUUGUAAAGAAAAAAGUAAAGCAGGAUUCAAAUUCUGCCACCUCCACUUCUAAUACAUGUAGUGAAGUUAAUGAUGAAAUGGAUCCAAGUACAAGUCAAUUGGUUUGCCAGAGAUGCCACUGUGCAUUGAAGGAUGCAAGGAAAGAAUUGAGUCAAGAUUCUCCCACAUCCAACUUAAAAAGUCUCAGCACUGAAGCCAGCUUUAGUAAUAUGAACUCAGUUGCUAACAAACCGGGCAUCAGUUCCAAUAGUUAUAACAGACAUAAAGCUAUUUUUGUCAAGGCGAACAAGAAUGCAAAAUCAAGGGAGAAAGGGGAAUUGUCUCAGAGCUCUAAAAGUAGCCGUGGUGAGUACAGUAGCAGUACAAGCAUCAGCGAAGAGAGCAUUCUAAGUGGGUCUAGUUGCGGCAAUAGACCUCACAUGUCAAAGGAUUUAAGAUGGGAAGCCAUCCGCCAAGUCCAGAUGCAGCAAGGAGUUCUAGGAUUGAGACACUUCAAUCUGUUGAAAAAGCUUGGCGGUGGAGACAUUGGGACUGUUUAUCUGGCUGAGCUAAUUGGUACAUACUGCCUUUUUGCUAUAAAGGUCAUGGACAAUGACUUUUUGGCCAGAAGGAAAAAGAUGCCAAGGGCCCAAACUGAAAGAGAAAUAUUGCGAAUGCUGGAUCAUCCUUUUCUCCCUACGCUCUAUGCUCAAUUCACAUCAGAUAAUUUGUCAUGUUUGGUCAUGGAAUAUUGUCCAGGUGGAGAUCUGCAUGUCCUUCGGCAGAAGCAGCCUGGUAGGAAUUUUCCUGAACAAGCAGCAAGGUUUUAUGUUGCUGAAGUCCUCCUUGCUUUGGAAUACUUACACAUGCUUGGAGUUGUAUACCGAGAUUUGAAACCAGAAAACAUUCUAGUCAGAGAAGAUGGUCACAUUAUGCUCACUGAUUUUGAUCUGUCACUCAGAUGCAAUGUAAAUCCAACUCUUCUCAAAUCAUCUUCAUCAACCAUGGAGCCCACGAGGAUGAUGUCAGGUCCAUGCAAAGAGUCUAGCUGCAUUGACCCUUUAUGUAUUGAACCAUCCUGUGAGGUCCCAUGCUUCAGCCCCAGGUUUUUGCCUGCAGCUGCAAGAACACGGAAACUAAAAUCUGAACUUGCAGCCCAGGUCAGAUCAUUACCACAGCUUGUGGCUGAGCCUACUGAUGCUCGAUCCAACUCCUUUGUGGGGACCCAUGAAUAUUUGGCUCCAGAAAUCAUCAAAGGAGAGGGCCAUGGGAGUGCGGUUGAUUGGUGGACAUUUGGAGUCUUUCUUUACGAGCUUCUAUAUGGAAAGACACCAUUUAAAGGUUCUGGAAAUGAUGAAACAUUGGCGAAUGUGGUUUUGCAGAGCCUCAAAUUUCCAGACAGCCCAAUCAUUAGUUUUCAGGCAAGGGAUCUCAUCAGAGGGCUGUUGAUGAAGGAGCCGGAGAAUCGAUUGGGGUCAGAGCGGGGGGCUGCAGAGAUCAAGCAGCACCCGUUUUUUGAGGGCCUGAAUUGGGCACUUAUUCGCUGUACUAUUCCUCCGGAGUUACCUGAGUGCUGUGAUUUUGGGCUCAUGACAGUGGCUUCCCAGCAGAAGGAGAGCAAGUACCUGGAGUUUGAAUUGUUCUAGCCAAAAACCUCUAAUUUUGGGAAGAGAAGAGAAGCUGUCUCGUGGGGUAUUAUCUCUUAAUGGAGGCAUCUCCCCUGUUGUAAGUUGUAACUAAAAUCUAGCUUAUAAUGUAAAUUUGGUGGAGAAUAUUGUGGCAAAAGCUGUCAUUUAUGGUAUGUCAUAAUUAAGUAAUUCUUGAGAGUUGGGACUCUUGUAGAGUCGGUGGCUGAUCAAUAUGUGGGUCAUCCAAAUUCAUCUGUUUAAUCUAAAUUAUGGAGCCUCUUGAGGGGCCGGAUUCUGCAAUUUCAGACACCAAUGUCCUUCCCAAUCCAACCUCUUUUUUUCCUCA